GCCAACAAGCUGAAACGAUCUAUUUUACAUCACACUUUCCAUAUCUGCCGUUAUUUUGCAUUUUUUUUCUCAAAAAUCCCACGGCCGUGGGCGGAAAGCAAGGCGGGUCCUCCAUGGCAUCAUUGCUCGAAUCAUGCAAACUCAUAGACCAAAGCUCCUCAGCUCUAUCCACCGUUGCCGUGGCAGUUGCCGCCCUCUCCUGCGAGGCCGCAAGGGCUAACUUAGCCGCUUUCGACUUGACCGAUUCCGGCGAUGGGUCCGUCGCCAAAGACGACAUCGGAGUUUCUAGCGACAUCAAAGUCUUACUUAAUGGUUCCAAAUUGGCAGUGAGUUCUAAUAAAGGUGAUGACAAAGUUAACACAAAUUCGUUUUCUGAGAUACCUGUUGUUUAUGGAAAUGUGAGGGAAGCGGUUAAGAGCUUGCAUUCUGUUAUUCGGGUGGUGUCGAAUCCGGGGGAGAAGUUAGGGGGAAAAGUCUUACAUUUAUGCUUUGAGUUGAGGAAUUUAGGGGAGAGUAGUUUGGAAAGAGUGAGAUUGAAUUUGGGUACAAUUACCGUCGAGGGUUUAAAGGGUAUUUUUGAAAAGGAUUGUUUGAGUGAGGAAGGUCUGCGGAAUGGAGUCAAACUGGCUGUGGACGCGGAGCUGGAGAAAGAUCGUUUGAAGUUGGCGAAGGACGUGGAUUUGGUUUUAGGGAUUGUGUGGAAAAUUGUUGCAUGGGAGGCUGUCACUUCAUUUUUUGUGCUCGAAGGUGUUGAGGCUUUGAAUGAGAAGAAUGGUCGAAAAGGAGAGGCUGAUGGAGGGAAUGUGAAAUCUGAAAAGAAGAAGAAGAAGAAGAAGAAGGUUUUGCUGGGGAGGGGAACUAGUUUUAUUGUGGAGAUGAUUAAGGAGAGGUUGACGAGUAAGGGGGACGGUUUAGAGAAAGUAGUGGAGGAGUUUUUAUCGUUUUUAGAUCCAAAAAGUCCAGAUUUUGAUGGUUUGUUGAAGAAGGUGAAGGAGAUUUUGGAGAGCAAUGAAAGUAGAAGAAUCCCCAAGACCCCGAAGGGUACUCGGGAUUUUGCAAAAGAGCAAAUGAUGAUAAGAAAGAAAGCAUUUUCUAUUAUAACAAAGGUUUUUGAGAGGCAUUGUGCCACUGCCCUGGAUACACCUGCUUUUGAAUUGAAGGAGACCCUUACCGGAAAAUAUGGGGAGGAUUCAAAGUUGAUUUAUGAUCUUGCAGACCAGGGUGGAGAGCUUUGUUCUCUACGGUAUGACUUAACAGUUCCAUUUUCUCGGUAUGUGGCCAUGAACGGUCUCACAUCAUUUAAAAGGUACCACAUAGAUAAAGUUUGGAGAAGGGAUAACCCAUCUAAAGGGAGAUAUCGAGAAUUUUAUCAAUGUGAUUUUGAUAUUGCUGGUCAAUAUGAGAAGAUGGGACCAGACUUUGAGGUUGUAAGAAUUUUGUCUGAAGUACUCAAUGCACUAAACAUUGGGGAUUAUGAGAUAAAAUUGAAUCACCGGAAGUUACUUGAUGGAAUGCUGGACAUAUGUGGCGUGUCACCAGCAAAAUUUAGAACUAUUUGUUCUAGCAUUGACAAGCUAGACAAACAAUCCUUUGAACAAGUUAAAAAGGAAAUGGUGGAAGAAAAGGGUUUAUCUGUUGAGACAGCUGAUAAAAUUGGCACUUUUGUGAAGAUAAGAGGACCUCCUCUGGAAUUAUUGUCCAAGAUUAUGGGAGGAACCGAGGGUAGUGAGCUUCUUAAACACAAUGCUUCCAAAGAGGCAUUAGGUGACUUGUCACUUUUAUUUGAUGCUUUGGAUAAAUCCAGGUGCAUAGACAAAGUGGUAUUUGAUUUGAGUCUUGCCAGAGGUCUUGAUUAUUAUACUGGAGUCAUAUUUGAAGCUGCUUUCAAAGGAGGUGUGAAGGUUGGUUCAAUUGGAGCUGGUGGACGUUAUGACAAUCUGAUCGGAAAUUUUGGCACGAAGCAGGUUCCUGCUGUUGGUAUGAGUCUUGGAAUUGAGCGAGUAUUGACUAUAAUGGAAGAGAAAGCACAGAACCAGGCAGUCCGAGCCACGGAAACCCAAGUAUUGGUGGGUGUUCUGGGGGAUAAACUCUCUGUAGCAGCAGAGCUGGUGAGCGAGCUUUGGGACAUAGACAUCAAAGCAGAAUACAAGGUUCAUAAGAAGGUGAUGAAGCACAUUGAAUAUGCAAUAGAUUCAAAGAUCCCUUGGCUGAUCUUUGUAGGCGAGCGAGAGCUGAAUGAAGGGAUUGUAAAAUUGAAGAACAUUGAAAGCACGAACGAGGAAGUAAUUCCCAGAAGUAAACUUGUUGAGGAACUACAGAAGCGAUUGAACCCAUGAAAAGGGGUCUGUUUGCCCACAUCAUUGGAUUUGGAAGUCAAAUGCUUCUAUUCUCACACGGGUAGAUUGUCAAUCUUUGUCUGAACACACAAAUUACUUUAGGAAUUGUUGUAUUUUGGAAAUAGAUUUGGCAAUGCCGCGUUUUAUGCUCUUUAAAACACAUUAUAUACUUGAGGUGUUAUAUAUUUUAUUUAAAUUUUGCAACA